AUGCUCUACGAAGAUCUCCGCUCCCUCCACGAGGAUGUGGAGAGGCUGGAGCAGGCCAUCGCUGACCGCAUGCGCGAGGAACCAAAGCAUCCGCGGAACCGACUGGAGCGCGACCACGAAAUCGCAAACUUCCUGUCCCGCAUUCAGGCGCAGUCCGAGCGAGCCCUCCAAAUCUACAACGAAGAACAGGAAGCACGCACAGCAGAGGUGCAAUCGAUCAGCACCGGCGACCCGUUCGAAUCCUUCUUCAAACAACUCGAUCAGAUCAAGGAGUUUCACAAGAAAUAUCCCAAUGAAGGCGUGGAGAAUUUGGAGAGGACAUACCGCAGGACAGACGAGGGAAGGACAGGCUUCGCCGGCGAUGUUGACGGCAUGUUUACCGGCGAGGAGGCCUUUGGCCGCUUCUUCGACCUGAUCAUACUUCACGACGACUUCUUGAACUUGCCAGGCUUGAAGGGCGCAAAGAAACUGACAUACCUCCAAUACCUCGACAUCUUCGACACCUUCCAACCCCCGCUGUGCCCCAUCAAGCGAGAAGACAAGAUGACUGAGCAGUACUUCAGCUACAUCACUUCUCUGGCCCAAUACCUCGAGUCUUUUAUGCGCCGGAUACGGCCAUUGGAGGAUCUCUCGAAACUGUUCGAAGCAUUUGAUGACGAAUUCCAAAAGGCUUGGGACAAUCAGGAGCUGCCGGGCUGGGAGGUCGAAAGUUCCAAGAACAAAAAGAACGCUUCGCACGCGCCGGUGACCGAAGGCACGGGAGAGGGGGUGUGGUGCGCGGACUGCGCGAAGGAGUUCAAAAACGACAACGUCUAUCGGGCGCACCUGACUGGGAAAAAACACAUCAAGAACGCCGAAGCGCGAAAAGAGAGGCCGAAUGCAAAUCAAGACGUCGAGAUGGCGGACGCGAUAGCUACGAGCACUUUGACGCAACGACUCAAGGAAAAGGCCAUUGCCGAGCGCGAGUUCCGAGUGCGCAAACUCACCAGCGCCAUGAAGACCGAACGAGAGGAUACACGAGUCAACGUCGAGCGGAAAGCCGGCAUGACCGACCGUGAGAGGCAGCAGGAGUUGGCCGCGAUGUAUGCGGAAGAAGCCGCAGCUGCGACAGAUGGCCGAGGACAAGAAAACGGCGGCGACGCAGAUUCGGAUGACGACGAGAAGGUCUACAAUCCUCUCAAACUGCCGCUCGCAUGGGAUGGCAAGCCCAUUCCCUUCUGGCUGUACAAGCUGCAUGGUCUCGGGGUCGAGUUCCCCUGCGAGAUCUGCGGCAACUAUGUCUACAUGGGCCGACGCGCAUUCGACAAACACUUCAGCGAGGCUCGACAUAUCUACGGGCUCAAAUGCCUGGGGAUCACGCAAACAGGUAUGUUCCGCGAGAUUACGCAGAUUGAGGAGGCGCAGAAACUGUGGGAGAAGGUGCAGAGGGACAAGGGCAAGACGGCCGAGAAAGGCGUGGGGAUCGUUGAGAUGGAGGACACGCAAGGGAAUGUGAUGCCUCAGAAGGUGUAUGAUGACUUGAAGAGGCAGGGGCUAUUAUAG